AUGGAGAGAAGGAUUCACCUGGAACUGAGGAACCGGACCCCGGAGGCUGUUCGAGAACUUGUCCUAGACAACUGCAGAUCAAAUGAUGGAAAAAUUGAGGGUUUAACAGCUGAAUUUGUGAACUUAGAGUUCCUCAGUUUAAUAAAUGUAGGCUUGAUUUCAGUUUCGAAUCUCCCCAAACUGCCGAAAUUAAAAAAGCUUGAGCUUAGUGACAAUAGAAUCUUUGGAGGUCUGGAUGUGUUAGCGGAAAAACUUCCAAACCUCACACAUCUAAACUUAAGUGGAAAUAAACUGAAAGAUAUCAGCACCUUGGAACCUUUGAAAAAAUUAGAAUGCCUGAAAAGCCUGGAUCUGUUUAACUGUGAGGUUACCAACUUGAAUGAUUACCGAGAGAGUGUAUUCAAACUCCUUCCUCAGCUGACCUACCUGGAUGGCUAUGACCCAGAGGACCAGGAAGCCCCUGACUCAGAUGUUGAGGUGGACGGUGAGGAUGAAGAAGAUGAGGAUGAGGAUGAAGAUUUUUAUUUCGAAGAGGAGGAAGAUGAAGACGAAGCCAGUGGGGAGGAAGAAGAAUUUGGCCUUGAUGGAGAAUUUGAUGAAGAUGAAGAAGAUGAGGAUGAAGAUGAAGAUGAAGAGGAGGAGAAAGAAAGCGGGAAAGGUGAGAAGAGGAAGCGAGAAACAGAUGAUGAAGAAGAUGAUUAA